CAUAACAUCAUCAAUUAUUAUUUCAGCUGAAUGUUUACCUGAUUCAAAAAUGUUGUUCAGAAAAAUUGCCUCUUAUUUAAAACCAAUACAUAGCCAUGGAAUCAAGAGAUAUUACUCCAGUAUUCUGAGAACAGAAAUCCUGCAAGAGAAUUCAGACGUUCAGUCAUUCAAAAUUGGAGAAAAGUACCAUGGUUUUCUAGUGAAAAACAUUCAAAAUAUACCAGAAUUUAGAAUAACGGCAAUUUAUCUACUACACGAAAAAACUCAAGCUCCCUAUCUACAUCUCUAUCGUGAUGAUGGCAACAAUGUUUUCUCUAUCAACUUCAGAACUACACCUAUUAACAGCACGGGCUUGCCGCAUAUUCUGGAACAUACAGUUUUAUGUGGAUCAGAGCUAUUCCCUGUGAGAGAUCCUUUCUUCAAAAUGCUGAAUCGAUCAUUGGCCACAUUCAUGAAUGCCAUGACAGGAUCCGACUACACCAUGUAUCCCUUCAGUACACAAAAUUAUUCAGACUACAAGAAUCUACAGAAGAUUUAUCUGGACGCUGUCUUCAGACCUCAGCUCAAUGAACUUGAUUUCAUGCAGGAGGGUUGGAGACUUGAAAACACAGAUCCGAAUGAUAUCAAGACUGAUAUCAUUAUCAAAGGAGUAGUAUACAAUGAAAUGAAAGGUGUCUUUGCUGAAAACGAGAAUAUUUUGGGACAAAAACUCCAGAAUCUUAUUUUACCAGAUCACACAUAUGGAGUGAUAUCAGGUGGUGAUCCUAAUGAAAUCCCGAAUCUCACUUGGAAUGACCUCAAAAAAUUCCACAUUGAACAUUACCACCCUAGUAACUCUAGGAUAUAUUCCUAUGGAAAUUUUCCUCUGUUGCCUUCUUUGGAAUACAUUGACACAGAGUAUUUCAGCAAGUAUGCUUUCUCACCCCCAACCCAUACCAAAGUGCCAAAACAAAAGAGAUGGAAGGAAGCUAAGCAGGAACAUAUACCUUGUCGAUUUGAUAGCUUGGGUGAACCUAUAGAAAAACAAAAUUCAGUUUCAAUUUCUUUACUGCUUUCUGAUAAUACAGAUGUCUAUGAAACGUUUGUCAUGCAAUUUUUGACUGAGUUGAUGAUCAAAGGACCUAACUCACCAUUCUAUAAGUCGAUGAUUGAACCUAACUUCUCUGGCGGAUUCACCCCUUCUACAGGUUUUGAUAAUCAGCCUAGAGAUACCAUAUUCACUUUGGGGUUACAAGGUGUCAAGAAGGAAGAUUUUGAAAAAGUAGUAGGGAUAUUUGAUGAAACAAUGAAGAAAAUUGUUGACAAAGGGUUUGAACCACAACAUAUCGAAUCUGUUUUGCAUCGAUUUGAGCUGUCCAUCAAACAUGAAACUAGUAAUUUUGGCUUGAAUUUGCUAUUUGGUCUGACUCCUACAUGGAAUCACACUGAAAAUAUAUUAUCGAGUCUAGAAGCAAAUAAACUGAUAGAAACGUUGAGAUCGAACAUAAAGAGUAAUCCUGUAUACCUACAAGAAACUGUAAAGAAAUAUUUCAAUGAAAAUUCUCAUCGUAUUGUACUUACAAUGUCAGCUGACAAUACGUUCGACUCUGUUCUUGACAAAAAUGAAAAACAACUAAUAAAAAAGAAAACAAAGAGUCUCUCUGAUGACGAUAAGAAACGAAUUUAUGAAAAGUGUCUUGCGCUUCAAACACAACAAAACGAACCAGCUAAAACGGAACUAUUACCAACUUUAGUUAUAAAUGACAUAUCUUCAGAAGUUGAAAAAGUUGACAAAGUUCAGGUUACAUUGAGUAACGUACCAACACAGAUAAAUAAGGUUAAUGCCAAUGGAAUAGUUUAUUUUAAAGCUGUGAUGAAUACAAACGAGCUGUCCCCUGAGCAACAGAUGCUUUUGCCACUUUUUUGUUAUGUGAUAAACAAAUUGGGAACGAACAAACUCGAUUAUUUAGAAUUCGAUAACCUGGUCAACCGCAAAACUGCCGGGCUAGGCUUCCACAAUCACAUUGCUGAAAGUUUGUUCCAUCUACAUACGUACGAACCUGGCUUAUACCUAUCUAGUUACUGUUUAGAAAAAAAUGUGGACAGUAUGUGGGACAUAUGGAAUCAGAUUUUCACGAUCAACGAGCUGAAAGACGUCCAACGCUUCCAAAUGUUGGUGCAGCUUUAUAUGGCCAACUUGACUCAUGGCAUAGCAGACUCUGGACAUGUUUAUGCUAUGCAGGCCGCUUCUAGUUUGGUGUCCGGAUCGGCUUAUCAAGUUGAACUUCUUUCUGGACUACAUCACAUCAGCUAUAUGAAGAGAUUGAUUCACACUUCCAACUACAGGGCAAUGUUGGAUGAGAUUCUGAAUAUUGCUAAAAUAUUAUUCGACAAGAACAAGAUGAGAGUGGCAUUGAAUUUAUCUCCAGAAAACCAAUCAAACAUCCUUCACACCUUCGAGAACUUCGUCAUGAACCUCCCUGAAACUUCAAGUGACAUUCAGACCGAAUCAGGGUCAUCCUAUGUGACCGGAAAAGUCUGGGCACCAACAGACGCUGUCAACUGUCAACAUCACGUCAUAAAUAUACCUGUGAAUUUCUGCAGUAAAGCUAUCUUGACUGCCCCUUACACUCACGUGGAUUACGCUAAGCUGAGGAUAUUGGCGAGGCUGCUGACCUCGAAAUAUCUACAUCCAGAGCUCAGGGAAAAGCAAGGAGCAUACGGUGGCGGUGCCAGGUUGAUGCCUGACGGCGUGUUCUCGUUCUACAGCUUUAGGGACCCUCGCAACCUGGCUACCUUAGAUGUUUUCGACAACUCCUACAAGUGGUUGCAAGAAGAACUCGGUAAACUUAAAGAUCAAGACAUUUUCGAGGCUAAGUUGGGAGUGUUUCAAGCAGUGGAUGCGCCUGUACCUCCUAGCAGUAAGGGUUGCGAGGAGUUCUUGAAGAGGCUGACUCCUGAUAUCAAACAGCGCCACAGAGCUGAGCUGAUGAGUGUGGAAAAGGAAGGGUUGCAAAAAGUAGCUGAGAAGUACUUGGGACUGUCGAAUGUUUUGAAUACUGGGAAGGUUGUUAUAGGGUCUAAGAGUGAUAAAAUGGAUGUUUCCAAACGGGAAAAUGAGUUGUGGACUGUGAUGGAUACUGCUAUUUGA